UGCGUGCACGCAGGACCUUAGGGCUUUCCUGUCUGUCUUCUCUGUGUGUGCUCGUGCGCAGAACGGUCCCCGCCGCAUUCAUGUCAUGCAAUCCCAGCGACGACCUGUAGGAAACAAGAAAGGUCACACUCAGUCUCAGACAUGACGAGGAAUCAAAAACUGGACACAGUCUGCAGCGAAAGGCUACACACAGAAAAAAUGGGCAUGCAAGCCGGCUCAUCUGGGGCGACGCCGGUUGGCCCACGCGGAAAAAACCCUCCGGACGACACACACACACACAAAGUUACAGACCAUUCCCACCCCCCUGGCGCCCACCCAUGCAAGUGCUGUCAGGAGAUGGACUCAGGCCAUCUGUCUAGGACACUGUCUCUCUGUUUGUGCGUCAAAACCCCCUUGCAAGUGUCUGUAUACGCAAUGCAUAUGGGGGAAAAGAAAUCAUGUAAGUAAGUACGAGGUGUCCCGCUGCGAACUGGGAGGCGGGAUCGGUGUCCAUGCUGAUUUGCUGGUCAUUGGGUGGAAUGGCUUCAGCUGCAGGGGCUCCACUGUUGCCGAGCGGGUGCGCUUACGGCUGCAUGUAAGGAGCGGAGACACAAACCAGUGGGAGCUAUCUUCGUGUCUCUGGCUGCAUAUGUGUCUGUAUCGCGCACUCGUAUUCGAGAAAACUCCCCGUCCGCACCAGACCCCACCAUUGUAUAUAUCUGGCACACACACGUGUGUCGAGAGGGAGGCCCGUAUGACGGUUGUAUGUCUCCUAGUUGAGUCUGGCUGACCGGAUGAUGGCGUUGUUGAGAUGGGUGAGAUCGUCUUUGCUGAACAAUGGCCGCAGCACUGAGAGCCUUUUGGAAGGAGAUACAGGCGGCAAACCUACAAGCAACACUGAAAGAGCAGACAGAAGAGACAAGGACGUGUUCACAUUCAAACCCCAGUCACUCACCAUCCAUGCUGGCCAGCUUCUGCAUCAUCUUCCUGCUAUGCCCCGCAACCGGCGCCCCCUUCUUGGGGUCCUUGAUCGUCCGCGAUAGGUCCAUUUUCAUUCGCUCAGCGACAGGAAACCUUCUUCUGUGGUCGUCUUCCUCGUCGAUACAUGGGGACUGUCGGGGAUCGAGGUUGAACCGCAGGGCAGGCGGGGUGGUGCUUUCGACGACGCGAAGCUUCGACAGACACGAGCAGAUGAGCUCCACCAAAAUCACAAACACCUCCACUGCAGGUAGGGGAAAGGGUAAGCACCACGCCUAAAUGAACCCUACUGAGGGGGUUGGCCGAGUGCUGCGCAUACUUGAUAGCUUCUCUUGCGGUUCUAUCUUCCGGAGCACGUCGAUUUCCUCGAAAGCUAAAGAGAAGUUGGAUAUCGGAUACGCCAACAGCUGCACAUCGGAACAACACAACACAACACGCCGCCUUCACGUGUUUCGUGUGGCUCUCUCUUUGCCUUUCCGAUGAAAACCACUGCGUUGACGUGAAUCUGGUAAGAGGGGGGAAACAAGACAAUCAGCAAACCGUGCAGUGCUGCUUUCAUUGUCUUACCUGGUCACAGAGCCUCCCAAAAUCAGGCAGCGAAAGGCGGACCUUAACACCACCCAACCACACACAAACAUUGACACACGAAGGACCCUCUCUUCUCCGCUCCCUCCCACACGCACCUGGCACUCAAGAGCGAUAAGGAAUCUCCCACACGCUUCGUACUGUUCGCAAAAGUGCAACAAUCCUUCUCUCAGCGACGCUGGGGGAGGCGGGGGUGAGAGCAGGUGCCACCGACACACAUUGGACCGUAUGUGCUCCUUCUCCACCACAGCCACAGGCGCCGCCCCACCAGAGGCCGACUCAUCUGUCGACAAGGAAUCAAGACUGAGUGUGCCGCUUAUUCCUCGCGAGGACCUCCCCGCUGGUCGGGCCCCCAG